AUGUUGUUCAGUAAAUCUUUACUAACUACUUUGGCCUCAACUUUUUUGGCUUCUACUUCUUUAGUCGCUGCUGCUGAUCUACCAGCCAUCGAAGUCGUAGGUAACAAGUUUUUUUACUCUGCUAACGGCUCUCAAUUCUAUAUCAAAGGUGUUGCUUAUCAAGCUGAUACCGCUAACGUCACUUCUGGUUCAACUAUCAAUGAUCCUUUAGCCGAUUUUGAAAGUUGUUCAAGAGAUAUCCCAUAUUUACAACAAGUAGACACUAACGUUAUCCGUGUUUACGCCGUUAACACAACCCUAGAUCACUCUCAAUGUAUGAAGGCUUUGAACGAUGCAGGUAUUUAUGUUAUUGCCGAUUUAUCCUCUCCAGAACAAUCUGUUAAUAGAUUGGAUCCAACCUGGACCGUCGACUUAUUCCAACGUUAUAAGGACGUUAUCGAUAUGUUCGCUAACUACACUAACGUCCUAGGUUUCUUCGCUGGUAAUGAAGUCACUAACAAUAACACUAACACUCCAGCUUCCGCUUUCGUUAAGGCUGCUCUAAGAGACUCUAAACAAUACAUCAAGGACCAAGGUUAUAGAAGUAUCCCAGUCGGUUACUCUUCCAACGAUGACGAAGAUACUCGUGUUCCAAUGGCCGAUUACUUCGCUUGUGGUGAUGAUGACGUUAAAGCCGAUUUCUACGGUAUUAAUAUGUACGAAUGGUGUGGUAAGUCUGAUUUUAAAACUUCUGGUUACCAAGACAGAACUAGCGAUUUCAAGAAUAUUAGUGUCCCAAUCUUCUUCUCUGAAUACGGUUGUAAUGAAGUUACUCCAAGAUUAUUCACUGAAGUCGAAACUUUAUAUGGUGAUGAUAUGACCGACGUUUGGUCCGGUGGUAUCGUUUACAUGUAUUUCCAAGAAACCAACAAUUAUGGUCUUGUCUCUAUCGACGGUUCUUCCGUCUCUACAAGAGACGAUUUCAACAACUACUCUAGUGAAAUCCAUAAGAUCUCCCCAACUUCCGCUAAUACCGCUUCUUACACCGCUGCCUCUACCAGUUUAGCUUGUCCAACCAACAACAAGAAUUGGGCUGCCGCCACCGUCUUACCACCAACUCCAGAUGAAGACUUAUGUUCUUGUAUGAACGUUGCUAACACUUGUGUUGUCUCCUCCGAUGUCUCCUCUGAUGACUACGCUGACUUAUUCGAUUACGUCUGUGCUUACGUCUCUUGUGAUGGUAUUUCAGGUAAUGGUACCUCCGGUAAAUACGGUUCUUACUCCUUCUGUUCUGCUGAAGAACAAUUGAACUUCGUCCUAAACUUAUACUACGAAUCCAACGGUGGUUCAAGCUCCGAUUGUGACUUCAGUGGUUCCGCUUCUGUUCAAUCUGCUGUCACCCAAGAUGGUUGUUCUGCCGCUUUGAAGGAAAUUGGUUCCAUUGGUACCAACACUGCUAGUGACUCUGCUACUUUCACUUCUGGUUCUGCUUCUGGUUCCAAAACUUCUUCUGGUUCCAUCACUUCUUCCGGUUCUAAGACUUCCUCUGGUUCUAAGACCUCUUCUAGUUCCAAGACUUCUUCCAAGACCUCUUCCAAGAAGAAUGCUGCCGUCUCCCAAAAUGACCUAGGCUUCAUCCAAACUUUAUUGACAUCAUUCGGUACCAUCUCCGUCGUUGCCAGUCUAGGUUUCGCCUUGUUGUAA